AUGAGCUCAAAUCCAGGAAUGACAUCAGACCAGAUCGCCGUCAUCAAGGCGACGGUCCCUGUGCUAGCCCAGCAUGGCAACACCAUCACAACGGUCUUCUACCGCAACAUGCUCGAAGCCCAUCCCGAGUUGAACACCAUCUUCAACACCCCAAACCAGGUCAACGGUCACCAGCCCCGGGCACUCGCCGGGGCACUAUACGCCUAUGCCUCGCAUAUCGAUGACCUCGGCGCCCUCAGCUCCGCCGUCGAGUUGAUCUGCAACAAGCAUGCCUCUCUAUACAUCCAGCCCGAUCACUACAAGAUCGUGGGAAAGUAUCUCCUCGAAGCAAUGGGCGAGGUUCUCGGCGCGGCUUUGACUCCGGAAAUCCUCGACGCAUGGGCAACCGCUUAUUGGCAGCUCGCCGACCUCAUGAUCGGCCGCGAGAAGCAACUCUAUGAGCAGAGCGAAGGCUGGACCGAUUGGCGUGAUUUCAAAAUCGCCAACAAGGUCAAGGAAUCGGAGGAAAUCACGUCCUUCUACCUCGCCCCCGUGGACGGAAAGCCUCUUCCCACUUUCCAGCCUGGUCAAUAUAUCUCCGUGCAGGCCUACGUGCCAGCUCUGCAUUAUGCACAGGCCCGCCAGUACUCGCUCAGCGACCAGCCCAAGCCAGACUACUACCGCAUCAGCGUCAAGAAGGAGUCCGGCAUCAAUUCGGCCGAUCCUGCUCCCGCCGUGACACAGCCCGGGUACAUCUCGAAUCUGCUACACGAUACAUUCAACAUCGGCGACACACUGCAAGUCUCCCACCCGUACGGCGACUUCUUCCUCCCUACCAGCAAGACCGAGACUAGCACACCGAUUGUUUUGAUUUCCGCCGGCGUCGGUCUGACACCGCUCACGUCAAUGGUGAACACUUUGACUUCUCAGGCGCCCGGAAACCGCAAGCUUCAUUUCAUUCACGGUGCGCGUACAUCCGCCGGUCGCGCUUUCAAAGACCACAUCGAUCAGCUUACCAUCUCUUCUCCCAUUCAAGCGACUUUCUUCACCAGCAUCCCCACCGAGGACGAUAAGCAGGGCACCGAUUACCACCAUGUUGGACGUGUUGACCUCAACAAGCUUGAUGACAAGGAUUUGUUCCUCGACGAUAACCAGACUGAGUACUACAUUUGUGGACCGGAACGGUUCAUGACGGAUAUCGAAUCCAGUCUCAAGGCCAAGGGUGUUGCCGCCGACCGUAUCAAGAUGGAGCUGUUCGGCACUGGAGGCAUUCCUCACUAG